GAUUAAAAGUUGACCCUUGUCACGUGACGUGGGAAAGGGAGGCUCUUAUGUUUACAUCAAUGCGUGCAUUGCAAGAGCAGUUGUGAACUGUGUAUUCUAGCAUCAUUUAAAUGUUUCGCUUUCGUUUCUUUAGAAAUCUUCAACUGCAACUUUGCAAAUCGAAAUAUUAACGAGUACAACAGGGAAACAACGUUACCGGGGAUCCAAGACCGGAGCUUUGCACGCACAAAGAUUGUUUUUAGCUAACAUUACAUUAGCUAGCUUAGCAUAGGCGUCAUGGACGAGCUAGCGGUUGAAGUCAGGGGGACGAGUGGGGCUUUUUACAAGGUAUGUUGGUAGCUAACUGCUAGUUGUAAUAUGUUUCCAAAAGUAAUUUGAUUAUUAUAAAUUUUUAUUGUUUGCAUUGUGUCAUUCAGUGAUCUAUCUACCAGCUAGCUAAUCUAGCUAGGUUUAACGUCAGGCCCAUACAAUAUAGACAGCACAGUCUGCUUCUUGCCACAGACAGCCAACCAAUGCUAGCUAACGUUAGAUAGAUAACUAGGUUGCUACUGUCUGUAGCUAACGUUAGCUAGCUACAGACAGUAGCAACCUAGUUAUCUAGCUACAGUUGUUUAAAAAAAAAAUAGGCCAUACCGGGUAUAUAGUUUCGUGUCGUUGGUGGCAUUUGUUCUUUAGUCGAGUAGUUUUAGAUGUUACCGCUAGCUAGCUAACGUGUAGCUAACUAAUUAAUCUUGCUUGUUAUCUAGCUAGCAGCAGUCAACGAGAUUAAUCUUUAGGCUUUGACCUCUUGGCGCAAUGACUGUUUGCCUUUGCCUAAAAAUGUAUUGUAUUUUCUCAACCCUUUUCUCCUUUUAGGCCUAUUUGAAGGAUGUUCAUGAAAGUUCUGUCACUGUGUCCUUUGAAAACAAGUGAGUUGCUAGCUAACUAACGUUCGCUUCCUGGCAACAUACUCCAGUCAGCUAGCAAAUUAACUCUCUCGCCAAAUGAAUCGUAGCCUAUUCAGUUAGCUAAGUAGCUUGUUAAUUAACAACAGUAAUGUUAGGCUACUUUGAAUCAGACCCAGACAUGAGAGCUCCAUUAACCACUGUGGAUUACAUGUCAAUGCAUCUACUAUAACUAGCUAGCUAACGUUAGUUGUCCUUGCAAAUAACACUUUGUCUCAUUUAAUUGAACUAAAGUGCAUGUUCAGUUGUUACAUUUCCGUUUGUGAUGUGCCCUGGUUUCAUUUGUUAAUUUCUAUUCUUUCAGUUGGCAGCCAGACCGUCAAAUUCCCUUCCAUGAUGUUCGAUUUCCUCCACCCACAGGUUUUCAGAAAGAGAUAAACGAGAGUGAUGAAGUUGAGGUAUGUGCUGUAAGUAAUGGAUAAGGACUUCCCUCCCACUAGUCAAUGUCAAUUAAACCUAAUACUUUGCUGAGUACUAGUAGGCUAGAUUAUACAAUGGUUACUCGAUGGUUAGGCUUUUCUUGAAAGCAGAAGGGAACUGCUGUUUUAGUUCUUUCUGUUUGGUUAUUUGCAGGUUUUUGGUUAAUGUCUACCGCAGUGGCCAGUUUCAAUGGAUAUCAAUGAGAAGAACUCAACAAAAUGUACUUAAUCAAUUAUCCACUGUUCUAUCCACAGGUUUAUUCUAGGGCCAAUGACAAAGAACCAUGUGGCUGGUGGCUGGCGACAGUUCGGAUGGUGAAGGGUGAGGUAAGUCCAAUGCAGCGGUUCGAGCGAGAGUUUGCAUUCGUUUAUUAUUAUGUAGCUACUGUAAUAUUAUUAUAAUGAUGAUCCCCAUAACAUAGUACCUUCUUUCCUCUCAGUUUUAUGUCAUAGAGUAUACUGCUUGUGAUGCCACGCUCAAUGAAAUAGUCACAUUAGAGAGGUUACGACCUGUGAACCCAAACAAGCCAGCUACAAAAAACUCUUUCCUGAAAAUUCAUCUGGAUGUCCCAGAGGACUUGCGGCAAAUGUAAGUGGGCCUAUUCUUCAAGGCUUUUUAAGUAAAGUAAUUGUUUUAUGUUGUCAUUGCUUCCAUGUGUGACUGUUGAUUUGAGGCUGAUGUGACUAUUGCUAUGGGGGGGAACUGUGUUUUGUGUUCUUAGGUGUUUAAAAGACUCGCAUAAAGAUUUUAAGAAGGCAUUGGGAGCAUUCAAUGUCACUUAUGACUCAGACAAAAAGCAGCUUGUUAUUCUGGUACGUUUGAUUAUUUUUCUGGCUUCUCAAAGUUUCAUAACUCAGUCCCUGUUAGAUAUUGUGUGAUCACAUCAGUCCUCUUGUUUUAGUCCGUGAAUGAGGUUACAACCAAAAGGGCGCAGAUGCUGAGCGACAUGCAUUUCCGGAGCCUGCGCACCAAGCUGUCCCUAAUGCAGAGGAACGAGGAGGCUAGCCGCCAACUGGAAGUACGUAAAGUUUAAACACACUCACAAGUGAAACUCAUUGUCUCAAAAGUCUGCUAAAUGGCUUAUUAUUAUUAUUAUUAUUAUUAUAUUAUUAAAAGAAGGCUAAGCCAUGUUAGCCUUGUUAACCUCCAAUAGGCUGUCUCUCUGCGUGAGGAGAAGUAUGGCUAAGCCAUGCAUGGGUAAUGGUUUGUGUGCAGAGCUCUCGGCAGCUGGCGUCCAGGUUCCAUGAACAGUUUGUGGUCCGGGAUGACCUGAUGGGGCUGGCCAUUGGGACCCACGGUGCCAACAUCCAGCAGGCCAGGAAAGUACCUGGGGUCACCACCAUAGACCUGGAUGAAGAGACCUGCACCUUCCACAUCUAUGGAGAGGUAGGGAGCUUACCACACCACUAGCACAAAUAUAAUGAAUGCUCAUAAACCUCUUUACUCACAAGGUAUAUUUACUUGGUCAUAUUAUUGAAAGACAUCUCCGAUGGGUAUGAUUCAAUUGCAGGACCAAGAGGCUGUCCGCAAGGCUAGGAGCUUCUUGGAGUUUUCUGAAGAUGUCAUCAAAGUACCAAGGAAUUUAGUGGGUAAAGUGGAACAUACAAUGUGUUGUUUGAAAAGUAAUCAACUCAUAGUCUUCAUGCUAUCAUCGUUUCCUAUUCUAAUACCACAUCUCCUUUGCCAGGGAAAGUCAUUGGGAAAAAUGGGAAGCUGAUCCAGGAAGUGGUGGAUAAAUCUGGUGUUGUUCGAGUUCGGAUUGAGGCAGAGAACAACAAGAAGCCACCUCCAGUGGACGAGGUAAGUGGCUAGAAUUGACAAAGUGUAUCACCCAUUGAACCUUGAGAUAGAAGCUGUUUUUCAGUCUCGCGGUCCAAGCUUUGAUGCACCUGUACUGACCUCGCCUUCUGGAUGAUAGCGGGGUGAACAGGCCUUGGCUCGGGUGGUUUUGGGUCUUUUUGGCCUUCCUGUGACAUCGGGUGCUGUAGGUGUCCUGGAGGGCAGGCAGUGUGAUGCGUUGGGCAGACCGUACUACCCUCUGGUAGUGGAGGUGUUGUUUCCUACCUUCACCACCUGGGGGCAGCCCGUCAGGAAGUACAGGACCCAGUUGCACAGGGCCGGGUUCAGACCGUCACUGUAUCUGCGAACUGUUGGCUAGAUCGCGUGCCAAGAGCAUAGUAGGCACAUUUGCUUCUUAACGCAACAGUUUACGUGACAAAACUAUCGAUAGAGUUGAAAAUGCGAUGGAAACAUUUUUUGGGGGGAACAUGAAAACGUAAGCGGAAAAAUAAUUUUUGUGUGUACUACGUCAGCAUGCAGGGGUCGGCAGCGGGGAUGUGGGAUGUUCCCCAAUGAUGGAAGGUGAGGCCCCCAAGGGAAACAGUUUGGUAACCACUGGGCUACAGGACUUGCAAGGAGUAGGGUAUUUGAUGCAAAAUAUACUUCUAAAUGACAUUAUCACGUUGACAACUCCCGGUCGCUCGUUCGCUGGCUUAUAGACUACAAUGACCUAAACUGAUGGACGAUGUUGAUUGGCAGGUGGAAUCAUGUCCAUUGAGGUUGCAAGGUUAAAGUGGGAGCCAGGAUCAGGUCAGCACAGUACUGUCCAAUGAGGUUGCAGGAUGGGCACAAGCACGUGUACACAGCAUGCACACCUAAGACUUGUUUUCCUCUUUGUGCACAUACCUGCAGGGCUGGAGAGUAGCCACGUGAUACACAUGUGUGACGUUGUGCACAAUUUCCGGGGAUCCGUUUUGGCUCUUGAGCGCUGCUUUCAAAACUAUCGGCUUAAAGUGUACAAAACCUGUAGUGAGGACUCUGCCGUCACUCUGUCCUCAUUAGAUCAUGUCUGUUUAUUUCUCUUACAGGGCAUGGUGCCAUUUGUCUUUGUGGGGACAAAGGAGAGCAUCUCCAAUGCUAAAGUACUGUUGGACUAUCAUCUCAACUAUCUGAAGGUUAGAAGCUUGCCCCUAUUGCUCUGCUAAAAUCGGCAACAUGAUUCUGAUGCUUUUAUGGAUGUUGAGAUGUAUGCCACUUGGCAGACGCUUUGAUCCAAAGCUACUUACAAUUGAAUACUUAAAGCAGCAGUUAGUCUACACAUUGAUUGCUUGCUUCAUCAGAAUGGCAGAUUCUACCUAGCUUUCACUAUUAGAGAUGGGAGUGACUUCUGAAUAAGUAUGUUGAAUACAGACACUGUGUGUCCCUAUAGGAAGUGGACCAGCUCCGUAUGGAGCGACUGCAGAUAGACGAGCAGCUGAGGCAGAUUGGGGGAGGAGGCCCCAGGGGGGGCCCAGGGACUGGACGGCCUGAUAACAAGACUUUCAUCGUAGACAACGGCGGCCUGGGGAUGAUGGGCAUGGGCUCCCAGAGAGGAGGGAAGCCGUUCAGCAGGGGAGGAGGAGGUCGUGGCCGACGCGGUGGUCCCUCUUUAGCCUCAGGUAUGUAUGGGACAGAGUGGAACUGUAGGUCCAUAUGGAACAGUAAUCUAUAUUUCACUAUGUUCAUAUGCACCAUGUGGCUCAUAUCACCGUUGGCAACUGAGUGGAACUAACUAUGGCUAUAAGAAGAACUAUAUAAGCUGAACUCAAUUAGUUGCUGGUCUGCAGAAUAACUUAUAUCCCUCUCACCAGGCACCAACUCUGAGGCUUCCAAUGCCUCUGAGACAGAGUCGGACCACAAGGACGAGCUGAGUGACUGGUCUCUGGCCCCCACUGAGGAGGAGCUGACCGGGGGCUUCCCCAAACGACCCGAUACACGCAAGAGAGGAGGGCCUCGUGGACGGGGAGGGAGAGGAAGAGGAGGGGGAGGCUUCAAAGGUCUGCGCUAACCUUAUUCAACUAGCCUGUAAAUGUAACAUUCUUACUAUAAUACCCUGCUGUACAAGGGCCUAGUGUCUCUGUCUGUACAUAAAUGCAUUCAUUGCCUUAGGGUUUUAUGUACUACUGUUUGAGUCAGAGUAAUGAUCUCAUCAUCCUGCCGUGAUAACAUUUGAGAUUGAGUUUUAAUCCUGUCUGUCUCUCUGGUUCCUAAGUAGCUGAAGACAUCCAGUGGACUGAGUCACGCUCACGGAAUACCAGAGACCCUAAGCUGAGGCCUCUGGAAGAUUCUUUGCAGGUGAGGAAUUCCACACGCAUCAGGGGUGUAUUCAGAACUGGGAGGGACCUACCUGAAUUUGUCCAAUAGAAACUCUAGUUUUUGUUGCAAAAAAAUGUUUUUGUUUGGAGUAAACGGUUUCAGAAUCGGCGUAAUUAAGGUACCCCAGCUUUUCUUUGAUCCUGACAGUGUCUCGUUUGGAAUAACUGUUGCUGUGUCACAACAGGACCACUAGGUGUCAGCCUGUACCCUCUUUAUAUCAAGGAGCUCUCGGAGGAGAAAUGUACAUAAUCGUAAAGUUUGCCCUUCGUAGGAACUUUAUUUUGUCAUUUGGUCAUAUUUUAUGACAUAUCAUGACACAUUUAGCAACUUAAUCAUUGACCUCUGACAGAGGCUUAUGCUUUAUUCAAAUUGGGGAGAUGCGGGAACGACAGUCCCAGCUCCCACGCCUCGGGACUUUUGCCCCACACGGCCGAACCGCGAUUUAUACCGGUGCCAAUUUACUGGUCACACACGUCACGUGCAAACGUAAAGUGAUAGCGCUGUCGUGUGACUAUCCGGGAGAAUUGGAUAGAAAUGCAUCCGAACUCUAAGUGACUGUACUUAGUCGUCCAGCAUCUCCCCAAUGUAAUUUACCUUCUCAUACAGUGUCCUCCUGUCUCUGGUCCCACAGAUCAGAGUGGACGGUAACAAUGAGAGGAGUGUUCAUGCUGGAGCCAGAGGCCCCCAGGGUCCCGCAGGCGAUGGCCCCGGAGCCAACCGACAGAGACCCAUCAAGAAGGAUAAGCAGGAAAGCCCUGGUGGUGAAGCAGCCGCCAUAACCCUGGCGAUGGUGAACGGAGUGUCGUAGACGGGGCUGACGGAAGGCACCCUCAUGUCUCUCACCACGCCAUCAAUCCAGAAGCUUCUUCAUUAAAGACACGUUAGGCCAAAGAGGAGCAAGUCAGGGCUGAAAUUAAGCACACUUUGGACAAACCAACUCCGGCAGCAUAAGCGGUAGGUGGAUGGGGUGUUGGGUGGGUUACUGUGUACAGGGAAGGAGCCAUCUAGGGUUUUAGGGGUUAACAAGAGAAGGCAAAUGGCGACUGCAGUCUUUUUCUAAUUGACAUUGUUGACGACUACCUAUCAGACGAUUUAAAAGCUGUGGGAAGAAAAUUUGUUUAAAACAAAAAGAGGGGCCACCCUGAUGAAUCUGUAUUUCUUAAAGGAUAUGGUUUUCUAUCGCUUGUUCACGUACUAGCCUUUUCUCCGGUUAGAGGGUUGGAUUGUUUGGUCCUUCCUACCUGCUCUCUCUCUCUCAUGGCAUGUGUUUAUGGAGCCCUGUGUCACAGUGGAAUAUAGAACUCAUUAUCAUGUGAGGUCACAGCUGCAUCAUUAGCAAAAAAACAAAAAUGACAACAAAAAAGAAUACCCCUCCUGUCUGAUCUGUGCCUUUAUCUCCUGUGGAUAGUAUCACAAAUACAAGUUGAAAUCAGGGAAGAAGACGACGACAUUGGGAAAACGGUAAUGGAUUUUACUGGUGUGUAGUGAACACACAGCUCACCAUCUAAAAAAUGAAAACUGUCUUUUUAACCUUGCAAUGCAUGUUCAUUAUUGUCAUAGGUUACCACAUUGGGGGGGAAGUCGGCAAUCUGAGUUUUCUUAAGUGUCACUUUGUUUCUGUUUCCUUGUGCUGAAUAUUGCUUGAAUAGGGAUGAUGAUUGACUUUUUCUUGCCAGUGAUAAAGCAUUUCUUCUUUUGAAAAGGGGGAAUGACCAUGAACUCAAUAUCGAUCUUACAACGGGCACACAGUGGAGAAAGAUGCUGUGGGUUUGUGUGGAUUUUGAUUCAAGGUCUCAACAGAUUAUUUUGUCAUUCCACACAAUGGCUACAUUUAAUGGAGACCAUUCGUUUCAGGUAUGACUCCAUAUUGUCUAAACACUGAACAGUACCUUAUGACAGAAUCACUUAUAUGGACCUUUUAACAUGAACUAUGUGAAACUGGGGAGAGAUAUUGAGAACAUGGUCCUUUCACCAUGCAUUGACCAACAAUCACUUUCCUGUUGGUUUUUUAUUUCCAAGUGUCAAUGCAAAGAGUGGCACACCUCUCUCAAACCCUAACAUGUUGUUCAUAUAUUGGCAAUUGGUCAUUAGAUUGUAAAUGAUAAAGUGGGUUGCAUACUGUAUAUCUAAUUUGUUAAAAUACUUUUUUGCAAUUGUUUUGGAUUGAACUUCAAAUGUGCACUUAAUCCUUUUAUUUGUGUUAUCUGCAACUACUAAAUAAUAUGAACUAUAAUAAACUAUGUGAUAAGAUUUCUUCAGCAGGUGAAUCACAUGAAUGCUGUCAACAAUAUUACCAAGUUUAGAUAACCUAUAGCUAACGGAGUCUCCUGUACCUUUACCGUAUGGAGGAUGAAAUUUAGUCCCAUGUUAUAACCGUAUGUCUUAUAUCCGAUCAGUGUUUGUGGAUUAAAACCUUAGUUUACAGUUGAGGAUAUAGCUAGUGUCUUGUUUGAAUUUAUUUAGACGUUUUCUUGUUUACUCUCUAAAUUGCAACGUUGGAUGGUGUACAGGUAAAGGGCAUCAGUCAACAGCUGUCAGCCUCUCUUGUCUCGAUGUAAUUUUGCUCAUGUCCAAUUAACAAAAUAGUAUUUCAGCAGGCUAACAGCCACUGCUCUCCCCAGCAUUAACAGUCAACAAUUGAACUGGCCCAGUCUGACAAUGAUGAUGAAAUUACAUAGACAUUAAUUUAAUAUUUUGUACUAAUAGCAGAGGGGUGAGAUCAGCAAAAUGGUAGGUUUAGUCCAGCUGAGGGGUUCAGAAGAAGAGAUACGUUUGAUGAGGUUGUUAUGAACCGCCUGAGCAACGUGGGCCAUGGUCUCUUUAGAAUGGCACCAACCAUCUGGAACUUUAUCUAACCCUGCCAGGUGCAUAAAUGGUUUACUCAACCAUCUGGGACUUUAUCUAACCCUGCCAGGUGCAUAAAUGGUUUACUCAACCAUCUGGGACUUUAUCUAAUCCUGCCAGGGGCAUAAAUGGUUUCCUCCUGGUAUUUUAAUGAUCUAAUACAGUCUACUCUUGUCAAGGACAAGCAAUGUCUCAGUGUUGCCAAACAGACUGUUUUCUAGUUCUUUAUUUGGGGAAUUUAUAAGAUUAAAGAAAAAUACAAUUGUAAAACAUUUCUUCUUGCACACAUUGUAGGCAGUUGUGGUUUGAAAGCAGAUACUGGACCAAGGUAGACACCUUGUAUGUUACUGCACUUUGGGCAAUAUUUUCUUUGUACAUAUUAGCGAAAUAGAUUGGGUUUUAUGUUGACAUUGUUUGGUUAUAGUGCAAUAUAUU